UUGACCCUAUUAGGCUUCAAAACAAUUUCUUCACAUAGUCAGCUCUUACAGUCGGAACACAUGCACGGGUCAAGUAAAAGAACCAAGCAAGAAGACAGGAACAGCAGCAGCAGCAGCAGCAGCAGCUCCAUGGACCACCGUCCGCCCCGGCUAAGCUGUGAAGACGAAGUUUCCAUCAUGGUGGCUGCCUUAGAGACUGUCAUAGCAGGGACUGCCACCCAUGACUUUGAUAUUUGGUCGCAUUCACUACGCUCCUCCUCCGCUGGGGCUGCCGCUUCUGACAGGUUUUUAUCUGUUUCUCAAGAGAUGGAGACUUGCGGGUUUUGCAGGAUAAAGGGGUGUUUGGGCUGUAAUUUCUUUGAGGAGGAAAAGAGUAUUAAUAACAGUAGCAGCAGUGGUCCGCCGGCCGCGAAGAAGAGGAAAAAGAAGAAUUACAGGGGUGUGAGGCAGCGGCCGUGGGGGAAAUGGGCGGCGGAGAUAAGGGACCCGCGCAGGGCCCAGCGUGUUUGGCUCGGGACCUUUGAGACGGCGGAGGAUGCAGCGCGUGCUUACGAUAGAGCGGCGAUUGAGUUCCGCGGUCCUAGAGCUAAGCUCAAUUUCCCCUUCGCCGACUACACCACACUGGCGGCGCCGGUGGGGCUUCAGCAUCAGGAAAAUGUGGGGACUAAUCGGACUGAACUGCGGAAGAAGAGACUGCAUGAAAAUGAAGGAGCGUCGGAAAUUGGGUCGACGAGUAACAGCAAUAACGAGAAGGAUUUAUGGGAGAUGAUGAUGGGAGAAAAUGAGAUUGAAGAGUGGAUGGGGAUGACGGGGUUCAGUGGGGAUUCAGCGGACUCUGCUAAUGGCGGGAGUGUUCAUGUUCAUGUAUAAUAAGAAGAAGAUGAAGAAGAAAGAGGAUAAUUACACUUUUAUUCACGUUUGGUGUAAUUACACGUAAAUUUUUUAUAGUCUGAAAAAUUAUAUCUAGCAUUUUUGAGGUU